AUGGCUGUGUACUCAUACCUGCAUAUAGUAUGCUACAUACUGCUUAGUGUGUUUUACUAUACUAUACUACACAUCAUACUGAACUACACUAUACUGUUACAAUACAGCGUAGUAUGGUAUAGCGUAGUACAAUAUAAUGUAGUAUGGUAAAACAUAGUAUGGUAUAGUGUAGUGUAA